UUUCCUUUGUAUUGUCAUUUCCAUGACAGGCUAAGGCCAGGGUUGGCCCAUCUCGCCGCCUAACUAUGAAUACAGUAACUAUAAGCAAAACCGGUGAUAGUCGCUUGUCAUGCUUUGUGUUUUCCUGGUGUUGUUCCGAAUGAAAUUUUGCCGUUUUCCCUCCCAGAUAUUCUUAGCAUUUGAGUUUCAAUAUUAUUGCUAUCGGUAUCAAGCGUGAUGUGGCCAAGCGAGAUUUGUUUGCAAUUAAAAAACGUCGUGCGAGUUACUGCAGACCAGCAAGAACGAUGCAAUAAUGGGUGUUCGUCGGAAGAAAACCCUGAGAUUACCCCGACUAUUGGUGGAUUUCUUAGGAAUGGUUCACUUGCUUGGAGGUCUAAAAAGUCAUGUUUGGAAAUUUUUUGCACUACGUCUGGAGAAAAGCAGUUGUCUUACAGCUUUGAUUGUGAUGUCAAAACUAAAAAUUGCACAAUUUGUAAUGUCGAAGAAAUGCAAGUGGAAGAAUCGUGUUCCUGCUUGAUAGCAGUAGGAAUUCAACUCGAAAACGGCCAGGGUAUGAUUAUUGUAUUAACUGUUGAAGGGUCACGUAUUUUGGGGCGCAUUGACAUCAAUGAGCAGUUAUCUUGCUUACAACCCGUCAGCAAGGCAACCUACAUCAGAGGUCGAAUAUCAGCUUUCGAUGGAUGUUUGGCUAUAGGGACAACAUCGGGCAAGGUUUUGCUUGUAGAUGCUUGCUUGAAAUAUGAUGAAGAUUCAAUAUUCGGACAUCGAUUAACGAUGAACAAUCUACAAAGAAAUCAAUGCCACAUUGAAUUUUCUACUGUGGAUGAAGAACAGAUUUCAACCAAUCACUCUCAUGUUCGUCAACGAGGAAGCUACUUCGGUUUACAGUUGGAAACGAUGGUAGAAGAACAAAACCCUGUUAUUACUAUUCUUGACUUGCCGUCGUUGAUGGCUAUUGCUGUAGGUUAUGCCAAUGGUCAAAUGGUGCUAUACGAUCUUAUAGAUUUGCAUAUAAUUCACAUCGCUUGUCCUCCUCAAGAGGAUACUCCUAUUAUUAGUAUGAAUCUACUGGAACCAACAGAUGAUCCAAAGGCCUGCGUUUACAUUUGGGCAUUUCACGCCGGAGGUGAUGGUGCUUUUGCAGUUAUGCAUACACUAAUGUACGAGGAAAAGUAUGUCGAGCCGAAUGGACAUGUGUACGAAAGGUUCAUAUCAUGUAGUCCUCGCAUGAACAUUACAUCUUACGACAAAGGAAGCUUUCCCGUUGGCAUACAAUCUAUUAUGAAAACAGUGAGCCAAGAGGAGGAAGUAUUAACGUUGUGCGUAUUGAGUUGGAUUGCAUCGGAUAAGUCCACCAACAUUCUGGUAUUCGAUUUAAAUCAAUGGUACAAAGCUGAAAUGCCGUUCCAUUGCGACUGGAGGCAUGAACUGAACCAUACGGUUGUAUUUAAUGUUAAAGAUUCUGCAACAAAUGUUUUUCUAGUUACAGAUUCUCUAAUACCAUUUAGCUCUAUUCACAGACCAGAAGAACAUUUCUAUCCAAAUUCUAUGAGUUUUGAUAUACUUGCAUUGAAUAAUGACAACUGUGCUCGAUACCAUUGGACCGGACUUCAAAAUAAAAUUUUGGAGAACUUCGAGCAGAAUGGAUCUAAUUUCUUAAUGGAACCGACCAGAAUUUAUACAAUUAUGUUACGCGCUGCACUGGUACCGCAAUUUAUUGAUUGCAAUGUAUCCUCAGAUGCAUUGCAGGACACCCAGCGAGAAUUCUUACUGUCGGUCGCAUUGGAAUAUAAUUGUUACACUUUACUGCAGCAAUGCGCUAUCAGUUGGGCAGAUGGAAGUCAUUUGGGAGAAAAUCCAGAAGAGGGAGUGUCUCUGUCUACUCUAACCGAUUGGGCUUGGAACCGUGCCAAAGCUUUGAAAGAUCUAAGCAACUCUAUGUGUGUACCAUUGUUCGACCUUUCUGGGCGUAGAAUUGAUUGUGGAACACAAAAAACACUUCUUCAUUGCGCAAGGCAGCUGAGACAGCUCUCCAAGCUAUACGACACAAUUUUCGAUCAGUGCAAGCAAUAUGUUCCAGAUAAGAUUUAUAAAAAUCUCAGUUCACAAGCUAAGUCGGUACAAUUGGCAGCCGAUUAUCAAGAAGUAGUACAGUGGCUGUUGAAUGUGGGGCUGUUGCCAGAAGGAAACAUUGAUGGUGUUAAUUUGUCGGAGGAAUUUUUAUUGGUGCCAUUUCCCUAUCAAGCUAUUCGUUCCUAUUACGCUUCACAAAGGACUAUGCUUCAUGAUAAGCGACCCGAAAAGAGCCACCCGCAGAGCAUGGAAGAACAAAGCUGCAAAUACUUAUUCAUUGACAAUUUCAUUGAUCGUGAAUUUCCAGCUGAAUCAUUGAGGAAAGUUUGGAUUGAGAACAAUGCUUCUGGUGUGUAUCCACCAAAUUCAGUGCAAAACGUGGUGAGAGCAUUACUUAUUCCGAACAUCAGCACCGAAAUCAAAUACGUUUUGCUGUGCUACACUUUCAUGGAUAUGACAGCUGUGCUGGGUGAAGGAAGGUACGGUGCAAUUGUACAAAAUUUAAUAAAGUUUCCGGCGGUUUUCAAAUUAAACUCUGCACUGAUCAAGCGCACACAGGCUUUUUGGCUUUUAGACCAUGGCAAUAUUAAUGGUGCCAUUGAGGAGUUGCUCUCUCCAAUGUCACAAACAGAGCAAUAUCCCCACUGGCAACGCGAGUUUCUUAUCACAGCUUUGCUUCGAUAUGAUGCCCCUCAUUUGGCGUUGCGAGCUCUUCGUACGCCGGGAAUGCCAAUAUCGCCUUUCCUUGAAUUGAAAACAUUGUUGGAAAAUAAUUUGAUCUCUGAAGCAUUCAAACUGCAACGUUCCAAGCACGAUACCAAUCUGCUUCGUUGUUUUUAUGAAGGUACGUUGAAGUCAUCCAAAUACGAGGUAUUGUUGGAUCUUGCCCUCUCGGAGGAGGAAACUCGUAUACUACGGGAAUACCUGAUCAGAACCAGUCAACCGAUGGCCGAAAAUGUACAUUUCAUACAUCUACUGCAGAAGCUGGACUUCGUCGAAGCAGUACAUAUGGUAGACAAACUUGAGAAAAAACGAUCCAAUGAAUUCAGCUUGGAAGCACCGAAAGAAGCUCUAACCCUUUACCACGCGGCUUUAGAACCAACGACUCAACAUUUAACCUAUUUAGCGUAUGUUGAACAAAAAGAAUUAAAACCACCAAAAGCCGCAGUUAUCGAACCGUUGAGUUCGCGGUUGAUACGGGGGAGAGCAGAUUUUCGCGGACGUAUUUACCAUAAAUCGAUUGUAGCUAUUAAAGAAGCUGCUGAGCCUUUGGAACAUUCUCAACCGUUUCUCGAAAAGCCUGGUUUGGGUAUUUUUCAAUUCCGUACCCAAACAAAGAGCAGCAAUGUUUGUUAUCCGAUUAAACUCGAUAUAAAAGUCUCCAAAAGAAAGAACGAUGAUAAUGAAUUGUGCACUUCAGAGAAGAUUAUUAGUAACGUAUUUUCACACUACGAAAAUCCUGCGAAACGAAGAAAGAUCAAUCCAGAAAUGCCUUACUCGACAUCAUUUGUUGUUCCUAAGCGUUUAUUGACAGAAUUUCGACCUAUGAAGCCAAGUUUUAAUUUUAGCAGUAAAAAUGCUGAAAGUGCUUCCGAAAAAUCUCUCAGUCGUUCCCCGUCGGCUCAACUCACUACUCCAUUAGUGAGAAAAAUGCAACUAUACAAUCCUCCCUCACCCGAAAGCGUCAGCUCAUACACGCCCCAUGGUAUCCUGAAGUCUACGGCUUCUGUGCAAAGUUUUGUCAAUCGGAAAAGUUUAUCUCCAGUAGCUAUCGUUGCGGCAACGCAGCAUGUUAGUGAGUCAGAUGAAAAAAUAUUACGAUUCGAUCUACCGGAAUCACCUCUAGUCGCUAGGAAUCAAUCCGACUUUAUAGAACCAUUAAGGACCUUGAGGUCAGACAUUCUGAAUGAUUCUCUUUUGUCGAAUGAUGUUUUCUUCUCACCUGAGGGGUCAUUUGUGGCGAUGGAAGACGAUUCGUGUAUGGACAUCAAGGGCAUUCUUUCGAGUGUACCGAAAAGUAGACCAUCAAUUCAUAGUCGAUCGUGUUCGACUACUCCCGUCGAGAAUAACAUUGCAAUAAUCAUUGAAGAUGUUGAUGAUGAUUCGUCCAAUAAAGAAUUGCCGCAAGAAAUAAAUGAGGACAUGAUUGAAGCGGAAGUGGAGGAAUCGAUUUUGCACGAACAGGAGCAAGUAAUACCCAUACCUGAUUUAGAAAAUAGGACACGUAGUAACCGCCUGCCGCUAGGGCGAUUGGUAUUGGAAGCUAACGCGCGUAGAGCGCUGGAAGUAGCAUGCUCACACACAAUUGAUGGAGAUGUUUUGCCGGUUGAAACAUCAGAACAAUAUUGUCAAACUGGCUCAGAAAGUGUAAACGAAAACGAUGGAAUAGCUGAUACUAGAGAGGUGGAUAUAUUGCCUUCUGUGAGAGAUCAUGAAGGUAAUGAUGCUGAAAGCCACAACAGUGCGGACAAUGGUGAUAUCAUUUCUUCGGAGUGCAAAGCACUUCAACCUGACGAUCCUGUCAUAAUAGUUGACGAGGAAGGGGAAGACAUCGAAAUGGUGGAGUCGGAUCAGGAAUCUUCUGAGGAAUCCACAGCCGAAAGCGGCAGCAACAAAUGUAAUGAAGAAGAGAUUGAUGUUUCACAAGAACAAGUUGAAAUUUAUUCUGAUUGUGAAGAGGUGGAUGAGGAUGAAGUUGAAAUUAGUGAUGCAUCGAUAACAGCCGAUGUGAAAGAUAGCGUCAUAAACAUUUUAAGUAGCUCCGAUAGCGAGGACAUAGAAAAUGACGGAAAAGGCGUUGAAGAUGAAAACAUAGAUGAUGACCCAAUUGAAGCACAUCAGGUAGCUCCGAACGUCGGAGAAGAAACUGGUGAACGAAUCAUGGUCAGUGCAGGUCCUAGUGCGGAAGUAAAUACUCAUUAUGCUGAUUUUUAUUCCGAUACCGUUCCGGAGCUACUUUUGGAACAACAGGAACCUGAAAAAAAGACGAAUAUUGAAGAAUCAACUGAAGCACAUGUCUCGACUACAACUUCCUCAACUUCAAAUAUGGAAAGUGCUAAAGAAGCUCGUCAAGCUGAGGUCACUCACAGAGAAGCAUCUCCCGGAAGCUCAAACGAAGCUUCUAAUGAAGGUACUAAAGAUCAUCAAGCAGAGGAUUUAACGAUACAGCAAGAAGCGGCACUUCAAGCGGAAAUUCGUGAAACUACACCCGAACCAUCAUCAAGUAGGGCCAGAAGAAAUCUAUCGAUGGCUGGAAAUGAGCGUUCUGAACAAUCUUCGGUUAGUGGAGAAAUAGUGUUAGUUUCACCAACAAGAGAGGAAUCAUUCAACUUAAACAAAGACGACAAAUUCCUGGGAAAGCCAAAGAACGCACAUGAAGUGGAAAUUCCUGCCAUGAAUCUUUCUGUGAAACCAGAUGAAGCCCACGAGGCUAACCGGAAGAAUAGCAAAAGUGAUGAAAGUGAUGAUGCAGCCGUUCUUAAUUUAUCCACCGGUCAAAUAGCUGAAUCUUUGCGAAAUGAUGAUCAAAAUUCUGAACUGGAGACAGUUGAAGAUAACAAUCCGUCAGAUGAAAACAGACCGUAUCAACCGCUGGAUACUAUGGAAGACACUAGUGCUGGUGCAGCGUCUACAGAAAACUCGGAAAAUAAAUCUGUGCAUAGUCAAGAGGGAAUUAAAGAAGCUGGCGCUAAAUUACAAAACGAUAUACCCAACCCAGUUAUUGCAGUUGUUGCAAAACUUUCUAAUGAUGACAAUGAUUUACAGCGAACACCCAGGAAAACAAGAAGAAGAUCAGCGGAUAGCGGUGAAGCUUCUACGUCCACACCAAGAAGUAAUGUUCGAACCAGACGAAUGUCUGCAAUGGAAAAAAUAGAAGAGUAUCAAGCUACACCAACUAAACGGUCCACAAGGGCAUCGUCAGUUGCACUGGACUCGCCUAGCACACCUUUAGGUAAGAUCAAACGGUUUUCAUCGAUGACCAAAUUAGCCACUCCAGAAAGUGUCACGGUCACACCUAGGCGAUGUACAAGAGCCUUGUCGCUGGCAAAAGAAUUGUUAACAAGUACACCUCGAACGUCAGAGAUUGAAAGUGACACAAAUGAAACAAAGAAUGUAAUAUCAGAAGAGACAGAUGACAGCAUUGUUGAUGAUAACAAAUCGGAAAAAUCUGCCCUCAGUACGACGAGCAGUCGUCGCAGCACACGUCGACAAUCUUCUGUACUAAAAUCCUCGCAACAAUCGAUGAUAUCCGAGAAGCCGGUUAAAGCGGCAUCACCAAAACCAUUAACGUCUUCCAGCAAAUUCGAGGAAGAAUCGUUUGUCGCAUAUACGACAAAUCGUCGUCUUACUCGUCACCAAACGGCCAUAGUCGAGAAGUCGCUGGGUAUGGGUCGCAAAAUGUGCUCAUUGUCCGAACAUACCGGUCAUGUGGUAUCACAGGAGGAGCACGAAAGUGAAUCGGAUUCGGUUGCGUCCAAUAUAAGCAAUACUUCAAAACGUUCUACACGAUCCAAGGCCAGUCAACAGUCGCGUGCGAAAUCGCAAAAUAACCGGGGGAAACAAAAAUCACGGAACGCCAGCGUUCGAUCCACUAGGUCUUCGAUAUCGAAACGCGACGGUAGUGACACGGAAAGUAUCGAUACGGAUCAUAGUGCAAGUCCAGCUAAAAAACCAAUGCUGGAAACCAUAUCUGAAGAGGGUGACGAAUCUGUCACAACAGCUCGCCGUCGCGGAAGAUCAAGAAAGAAUUGAACGGACAAUAAUGUUUCGUUGGCACAAUGCAUUGACAUUUUUCUUAAUAAAUGUUCUGUUGGUCGUUAACAAGUUUCAUUUUGCUGCUAAUA